AGGGACCUAGUGAGAAUGGGGAGGUGGAGUGGGGGACCUGAGGCUGAACUUCCCGGCCUUAACCUAGCCCACUUCUCUGUUCCUUUACUCACCUUGGCUGUUGCCCUGAGGCUAAAACUAGAGUCAUGGGGAGCCAGGUCCCAGACUGCCCCCCCCCCCCAGCCUCACCCCUCCCCCACACAGCCUUCUGGAGCCAGGAAGUGGUUGGUGAAAGGGGGAGGCCAACUGGAGAACAAACAGGUUGUCAGGGGGUUGAGUGAUUGGAGCCCAUGUACCCUACCUGAGGGGCCAGGAGUGGUUGGGGAGGAGGAGGAAGAGGUAAGAAAAGCUGCCCAUACAGCCUCCCAGGUCAACCCGACCCUAGCCACCGGCUCAGCCUCAACCCGGACUACGACUUCAGCAGACCAUGGCACUUUAUCCCUGACCACCAGCCCUGGCUCUAGUUCAGGUGCCACUCCAGCACACCAUGACACGUCAUCCCUGACCACCAGUCCUGCUCCAGGCUCGACUACCACUCCAGUCCGCCAUGUCAGCUCGGCCCAGAUCACCAGCCCUGGCUCAAGCUCAGCCGCCACUCCAGCACACCAUGGCACCUCAUCCUUGGGCACCAGCCCUGCUUCAGGCUUGAUUACCACUCCAGUCCACCAUGUCACCUCAGCCCCAGCCACGAAUGGCACGUCAUCCCUGACCACCAGCCCUGCCUCAAGUUUAGCUGCCACUCCAGCACACCAUGGUACCUCAUCCCUGGCCACCAGCCCUGCUCCAGGCUCGACCACCACUCCAGUCUACCAUGUCACCUCAGCCCCAGCCACAAAUGGCACGUCAUCCCUGACCACCAGCCCUGCCUCAAGCUCAGCCGCCACUCCAGCACACCAUGGUACCUCAUCCCUGGCCACCAGCCCUGCUCCAGGCUCGACCACCACUCCAGUCCACCAUGUCACCUCGGCCCCAGCCACGAAUGGCACUUCAUCCCUGACCAACAGCCCUGCCUCAAGCUCAGCCGCCACUCCAGCACACCAUGGCACCUCAUCCCUGACCACCAGUACUGCCCCAGGCUCAACCACCAUUCUAGUCCGCAAUGUCACCUCAGCCCCAGCCACCAGCCCUGCCUCAAGCUUGGCCACUACUCCAGCACACCAUGGCACCUCAUCCUUGACCACCAGCCCUGCUCCAGGCUCGACCACUACUGCAGUCCACAAUGUCACCUCAGCCCUGGCCCCCAAUGGCACAUCAUCCCUGAUCACCAGCCCUGCUCCAGGCUCGACCACCACUGCAGUCCACAAUGUCACCUCAGCCCUGGCCCCCAAUGGCACAUCAUCCCUGAUCACCAGCCCUGCUCCAGGCUCGACCACUACUGCAGUCCACAAUGUCACCUCAGCCCUGGCCCCCAAUGGCACAUCAUCCCUGAUCACCAGCCCUGCUCCAGGCUCGACCACUACUGCAGUCCACAAUGUCACCUCAGCCCUGGCCCCCAAUGGCACAUCAUCCCUGAUCACCAGCCCUGCCCCAGGCUCUGCCACCACUCCUGUCCACCAUGUCACCUCAGCCCCAGCCACCAGCCCUGCCUCAAGUUCAGCUGCCACUCCAACACACAAGAGCACCUCUACCAAGGCUACCACAACUACAGUCAGCAAGGGCACUCCAUCCUCAGUUCCCAGCCACCACUCUGAUACUCCCACCACCUCUGCCAGCCAUAGUACCAGGACUGCUGCCAGUAGCACUAACCAUAGCAUAGUAUCUCCCACCUCCUCCAAUCCUUUUCCUGUUAGGGCCUCCUUCUUCUUCCUGUCCUUUUACAUUUCGAACCUCCAGUUUAACUCUUCCCUGGAAGAUCCCAGCACCAACUACUACCAGGAGCUGCAGAGAAACAUUUCUCAAUUGCUUUCGGAAAUUUAUAAACAAGAGGAUUUUCUGAGCCUCUCUGCUAUGAAGUUCAGCCCAGGAUCCGUGGUGGUAGAAUCAACUUUGGCCUUCCAAGAGGGUACCAUUGAUGCCCAGGAAGUGAAGACACUGUUUGAUAAGGGUGCAACAGAAGCAGCCAGAUAUAACCUGGACAUCUCAAGAGUUAGUGUGAAUGAUGUGCCAUUUCCUUCCUCUACCCAGUCUGGGUCUGGGGUACCUGGCUGGGGCAUCGCCCUGCUGGUGCUGGUCUGUGUUCUGGUCGCGUUGGCCAUCAUCUAUCUCGUUGCCCUGGCUGUGUGUCAGUGCCGCCGAAAGAACUAUGGGCAGCUGGACAUCUUUCCAACCCGUGAUGCCUACCAUCCUAUGAGCGAGUACCCCACCUACCACACCCAUGGGCGCUAUGUGCCCCCUGGCAGUACCAGACGUAGCCCCUAUGAGGAGGUUUCUUCAGGCAACGGUGGCAGCAGCCUCUCUUACACGAACCCAGCAGCCACUUCUGCUAACUUGUAGGAGCACAUUGCCUGCUGAGCGUCUGUCCAGCCAGUGCCAGUUGCCUCGCUCAGGUUCUUCACUGCCAGAACCCCCCCCCGCAACCCCCUCCACCCCCUUCUGGGCUGGUGAACUGGAAAUUCAGGUGGGCUGGCACAACUCCCAGGCCCCACCAAAUCCCGACUCAUCUUAGCCCUGGUGGAGCCCAUCUGAGCCCCUGGAGACAUGCCUGGAGCAGUGGCUCCCAGGAGGACUGUUUCAGAAAGCCCCGAGAUGGGAGUGGGAGCUUGAACGUGGCUAAAUAAAACGUGGGCCUCCUCUGCCCUGACCACCAA